UCAUCUGCACUUCGCCGUUUUCUGUUUUCACCGGCUUCGCGUUUCUACUUGCGAUUUUCUGACUUAGAAGAUAAUAAAGUGGUGUUUGGAGGAAAUUCGUGCACGAUGAGUGUUUCAUUUGAUGCACGCGAAGUUUUGACACAUCUCAAUGCCCUGGGUUAUCGGAAUAUAUCCGCAGAGCAGCUGAAGGAAUUUAUUAAAGAUUUGAAGAAACUUAUCAAAUAUGAGAGUAGAAUCGGUGCAGUUUUACACGCUCAACAAUUCGAACUUGAUGGCAACCGAAAUGAGAAGGACGUUUUCAGCAAGCUCCAUGAGAACCAAACCACUAGCAUCAAAGCCAAAUAUGGCACUAGCGCUAAGAAGACAGAAACAAAACCUUCAUCGCCAUCCCGAAAAAUAAAACCUCGGAACAUCUUCAAAGAAAGCAACCAGAUAAAGAAUCCUCCAGGGGAUAUAAAGGAAACUAAAAGCAGACCGCAAUCGGCCUCUACAACGGUCACAACAAAUACGGAAAGACCGAAAUCCGCUAUGGACACUGGACGACGGCCUAAAACCCCGAAAUCUUCACGAAUUAGCAGAUCAGCACGAUCUUCAACGGAUCAGAAAGAGAAUCGAAUGUGGAUUAGGCCUAAAAUUCCGCACCCUCAACCGCCACGAACUAAGGAUCCUGUACAGCUUUAUCAGUUCUAUCAACGAGAAUGGGAGAGAUUCAAACCUCAGUUGCCUGGCGAGAAUGAUCAUUCUGAGCUGCGGUGGCAGAUCAGACACAAAUUAAUGGGCGGAAGUUCAUAGUAGAAUUUUGCCCGUGAAGUGAUAGUUGCUAGCUAAUUUUUUUGUGAUUUUAAUAUUAAGUAUAUUACGAAGAAAACUAUGCUAAGAAACAAUUUAGAGAAAACAUAAUGUUUUGUGCUUGAACAUUUAUGAGAAUAGACAGUGUCAUAUGUUGAA